AUGGUAAAGUGGCCAGACGGAGGCCACUACUCACACGGAGAAAAGCUGGAGAAGUUACAUGAAGAAAUAGAGCGUUUAAAACGCGAAAAUAAAGAGUUGCAGUUCAAACUGAUCAUGGAGCCUCCAAAGUCAAUCAGUAAAGUGUCCAGCCAUAGAAUCCAGAGGUGUAAAACAGAGAGCCACAUGUUCCAGACAGAUAGAAGGAAUUACCUGGAGCAAACACUGGAGAAAACAUGUCUACUACAAAGCACAGAACUCAGGUAGUGUAAAGAAACCAGAUCAAAUUCUUCUGGGAUGCCCACAGCAGACAGGAUGGAUGUUCCUUCAGAAGCCAAAUCAGGGUUCAUCACUUCUCUAGAGCCUCUAAUGAUCCAGUGCAGCCCCUCUCUGCCCCCACGACCUCCUACCCUGCAGGAGUGUGAGAUCAUCAUACGUCAGCUGUACAAUGCUAAUGGCCUGCAGUCCCAGGAGAUCUUUCGGGUGAAAGCUGUUCUCCAAGACAUUGUUCUCAACAAGAAAAUCACUGCAGAGAACUACAUUUUGAGCAAGGCAUACCUCACUUAUGGUAAAAGAACUCAGGAUUCAGAGACAUUUCCUGAGCUUUCCCUCCAAACACUGCCUAGAGGAUUACCUAUGUCACAGGCACGUAAAGCCGAAAAGGUGAUUCUCCCUGCCCUCAAACAGAGCCUGAACAACAACAUAGCAGAGAGACACAGGAGAACUCAGGCUUUGCAGAGAAGACGUCUAAAGUGGACUUUGCACUGAAGGCCCAGUUUGUAUAAAUUUGUACAUAUAUAGACUGUUAUAAUCAAAGGAUGAAAGAAUAUUAUCUGUCCGUUUUCAAAAUGAAUUGUGUGCCACUUUGUGAAACAAUUUAGA